AUGGCAGCAAUCAAGUUCAUCUGGCCCGAGUGGAAUAUCCUGGGACUCCUGAGCAUAAACAAAACGCAAGCUGGCGUUUCCUCUGCUCACGGCCCCCUGCCAGACACCCCGGCAUGGAGGCUACGCGACCCCUACGAUAAUAUACAACUGGGACCAGACCUCGUGCAUAAGAUCGCCUCGACCCUGCACGACGAGUUGAGUCUUUACUUCGUGUACAAACAGCACAAGAAAACCCUCGGCUCCCUCAUCUCCAUCAACCUGCCUGGCAAGAUCAAGCCCUUUAUCCAGGUUAGUGUAGCUAUUCUGUACGAAACAACCCAGAGUGUAAUAGACCAAGGGGACUUUAUGUAAUUGAUGACUGGGGCGAGUCGAUCGAUCCUGCCAAGUUGGACUUGUGAUGGAUAUGGCAGCUGCAUGAGAGCUUGCUCAGAGAAACUAUGGAGGUAGGAUGGGAGGAGAUGCACCGCUUGCGGUUCUCUUCACUGUUGAGUAAAGCCGGGCAGCAGGUCUUAAGCGCCGCCAGUAUUGGGAAAAGUCCGCAACCAUCUCAAUUCUUAACACCGCUCGACAGCCUCAUA